AUUAAUGUGCAUGAUUUAGAGACAGAAAUAACACGCCAGCAUAUAAGAUCAAUGACAUAAGACUAAUUCCUUCAAUUGACUUUCAGGCGCGGCUCGGAAAAAUGUGCAUUUUCUGAAGAAAUUUUAAUUUUAACAGCAAAAAAUUGACCCUAUGCCAAACUUAGUCGCUAAUGGCUGGUCUGUAGACUGUUUGGUAAACCUAAAUCAAAUUAUAGUACUAGCUUUUUAUAAGGAUGUGUAUGUCAUGUUACGUAUUUCUUGGUUUUUCUAUGUUAUGUGUUUUAUAGAGAAGUAACAUUAUUCUUUUUUUUCUGUAUGCUUUCAGAACCACAGAUCGCUCCAUCCAUUCCAUGGCUGAAGCAUACAUUUUCAUUUAAUCUGAACAGUUUUGUGUACACUAGCGCUGAGAAGCAACUUGAUCCACAAAUAUGGCAAAUCCCAUACGACUCCUCAUUUUGUUGAGUGACAAUAGCUCUGAGAGGAUGGAUCUAUCAAGGGUGCCAGACACAGUUGAAGAGCUCAUUGAACAAGUUAAAGAGUCAUGCAAAGUUGCUGGAGGUAUCAGGCUGCAAUAUAAAGAUGUAGACUUUGGUGGAACAUUUGUGAACUUGAACUCAACCUCCAUGAUCAAGGAUCUUACCACCAUCAAGGUCAUACCGUCUGCUACUGAAACAUUAAUUUUAGAAUUUGUAGAAAGUGACCUAGAUACAAGCUCCAUCUCAACACACACUGAUGACACAGUCAUACUAAGCAGCAGCUCCUCUGAGAAACUCCGCACAGAGCCCUGGCCAAAGGAGUUCAACAUCCCACAAUUCUCUUUUGAAACAGAAGGUCAACUUGAGAAAGGGAAUGCGGAAUACACAAAGGACCAAACCAGGCUCACACCUACAUCGAAAAUGUUGUCCGACAUUCUGGAAAGACUGGCAGAGAAUUUUCUCCUACAAGGCGUACCCCAGUGAUGCAGACCUGAGUGACGUUGCGAAGGCUCUGACAAGGAAACAUCCCUGCUUGAGGCAACCAGACUCCUUCAAUGAGAGCUACGGAUGGAAACUCAGACUGAAGACUAAGAUGAGCAAUUACCGCACUCAGCUUAAGUCACAUGGACUUGCAUCUGAGCUCUUAGUAAAUACCCUCAAAUCAAAGUCACAAGAAGAUCCUGUUCCCAAGCCAGCCAAGAACAACAAAAAGGCAAGAAGAGGUGAGGCCAAUUACUAUCCUCAGACCAGCAGUGAGAAUCCAGAAAGCCUAGAACUAGAGCGAAUAUCUCUCCUGACAGAAUUAAAGAAGAGAAACAAUGAGAAAACUGUACGAGAGAAGAUGGCCAGGACCUUCAAAUUCAGGAGGAAAGAGGUUGUGGAUAAGAAGCCUGACAUCAAGAACCUCUUGGAAAGAUGGCCAGGUCUAUUUCAGAUAGAAGAGAUUAAUGCAGAGUUUCUGCGGGUUACUGCAGUUCCCCUGCUAACCAGAUUCAUGGCCCAGCUGGACAAGCACUCCCCACAGCUACUUAAAAUAAUCAGAAAGACAGGAGGGACAACCAAAGCAAAAACUGUCAUAAUCCUAGAGUUUCUCGAUCAGUUUUAUUUUGGUAACGUCAGUGAUUAUGGCUGUGACCUUUUAAAAUGUUGA